CUUUGACGUCAUUGUAAUCCAAAUGUUUUGCAAACUUUGAUUUAAGCACAUUGGAGUUAGCAGUUUCUUCACUCCAUUAAAAAAUUCCCUUCAAAAGUACAUGUAACAUACUUAAGGAGUAUGUACAUACAUUAUAGCUGACAGUUUUUCUCAUGCAGGUUUGUUAGAAUUUGUAGUGGACGAGUCGAAGUUUUCAGCAUGGCGGCGCCCAUGUCAUGCAUGUUGCGAUGACCGACCGUCAUGACCGUACAUAGUACAUGUACGUGCAACCCAAGUGUAAAUCCCUUGUUUCUUUACGGAAAUCAGACUGUUUUGCCCUGAAAGAAGCUUUGCCAGAGGUGAAAUGUUUCGAUCAUGCAUCGCACCGAAAUCCCUGGGUAUAAAUUGCCGGUUUGUACACGAGAAAGGCAUCUACUUGCGGAACGAGAGUAUCGGCCGGCAUGUACGUAGGUGGUGCAGAGCCAAUAUUGGCAGUCACGGCUGUGCACCAACAACUGCUGCCUGUGUUAGCACUAGCAGCCAAACUGGUUCCAACUAUGCCGACGGCCGUGAUGGAAAGGACAGCAAGUCUGACAGGAUGCAAGGGAAGCUUGAAAAGAUGCGCAGACGACAACAGAGGCAAGACCAACUUGAAUCAUCGCACUUGCAAAAAAGUGGAAAGGUCAGAGCAAAGCAAAGCAAAGCCUGGCGGCCGAAGGAGGUUGUUACCUACGACAUACCGACAAUGCCCGGUGAAAAGAAAGAUACCAGUGUGCCCCUGCCAGAUUCCUACAGCCCUGCCUACGUGGAGAGCGCUUGGUAUGCUUGGUGGGAAAGGAUGGGAUUCUUCAAGCCGGAGUACGCGGCCGGCAAGAAUGCGGACGCCAAGCCUUACGUCACAUGCCUUCCCCCACCCAACGUGACAGGCAUGCUACAUCUUGGCCACACGCUCAUGGUAGCCAUCGAAGAUAGUUUAGUCCGAUGGCACAGAAUGAGAGGGAGACCUACGCUCUGGAUACCGGGCAGUGAUCACGCCGGGAUUGCCACCCAGAUCAUGGUGGAGAAGUCGCUCUGGCAACACCAGCGGAAGACCAGGCACGACCUGGGCAGGGCAAAGUUCACGGAGGAGGUGUGGAAAUGGAAGAAGGAGAAAGGGGAUGAGAUUUACCGACAGCUGAAACAGCUCGGUGCAUCCUUAGACUGGGAUCGGUCAAAGUUCACCAUGGACGAGGACUAUGCGCACUCAGUGAGAGAGGCCUUCAUACAUCUCCAUGACAACGGAACCAUUUACCGCAGCACCCAGCUGGUGAAUUGGUCCUGUUCUCUCAAGUCGGUGAUCUCCGAUAUUGAGGUUGAAUCCAAGUCCAUAGAUGGCAGAAAAACAGUGACAGUACCUGGAUAUGCCGAACCUGUCGAAUUUGGAACCCUGACUCUGUUUUCCUACCCUGUGCACAAUUCAGAUGAGAGCAUCACCGUGGCAACCACCCGCCUGGAGACAAUGCUGGGAGACACGGCAUUGGCUGUCCACCCCGACGACAUGAGGUACAUUCAUCUGAUUGGACAGACGGUGGACCACCCGUUCAUGGGGAAGUCACUGCCGAUCAUAGCAGACCCCUCGGUGGACCGCGAGUUUGGGACAGGGGUCGUCAAAAUCACGCCUGCCCACGACUUCAGAGACUACGACUUAGGUCAGCGCCACAACUUGCCAUCUGUCACGGUCAUCAAUGAUACGGGCUGCAUGACAGAGGACUGCAGACAAUUCAAGGGCAUGAAACGUUUUGAGGCACGCAAGGCCGUUGCGGAAGCUUUGAAAGAGAAGGGUUUGUUCGUCGGGGCAAGGGAUCACCCUAUGGACAUUCCACUGUGCAGGCGAUCCAAAGACAUCGUCGAGCCGAUGUUGAAGACCCAGUGGUUUGUUGACUCCAGGUGGAUGGCUCAGGAAGCAGUUGCAUCCGUGGAGAGCGGUCAACUCAAGAUUGUCCCAGAGGUUCACAAGAAGGUGUGGUACAACUGGCUGAAAAACAUCAGGGAUUGGUGCAUUUCUCGCCAGCUGUGGUGGGGCCAUCGCAUCCCUGUGUAUCACAUCACCAGCUCUGAUGACACUUACAAUAAACAUUUGGACAAUUGCUGGGUGAGUGCCCACACAGAGAAGGAAGCUGUUUCAAAAGCUGCUGAAAAAUUCCAAGUUCCAGUUGAAAAAAUAAAAGCCGAACAAGAUCCAGAUGUUCUGGACACAUGGUUUUCCUCUGCCCUGUUCCCCUUUGCAAUUCUCGGCUGGCCGGAGAAGACUUCAGAUCUGCAGCGUUAUUUCCCCACCACCAUGCUGGAGACUGGUCAUGACAUCCUCUUUUUCUGGGUGGCUCGCAUGGUAAUGAUGAGCAGUGAACUCAUGGGCAGGCUGCCCUUUACCGAGGUGUAUCUGCACUCCAUGGUCAGGGAUGCCCAUGGUCGCAAGAUGAGCAAAUCAUUGGGGAAUGUCAUCGAUCCACUGGACGUGAUCCACGGAAGUUCCUUGGAGGAUCUGCACAAGAAACUGAUGUCGGGUGUGAAGCUUGACGAGCCAGAACUGAGCAUAGCCCUGAGGGGUCAGAGGUCAGACUUCCCUAAUGGGAUACCAGAGUGCGGGACCGACGCAUUGCGGUUUGCCUUGUGCACGUACAAGGCCCAAGUCGAAGACCUGAAUCUGAAUAUUGACACGGUUCUGGAGUACCGUCACUUCUGCAACAAGAUAUGGAAUGCCGUCCGGUUCACACUCAAUCGACUGGGCCAGGAUUUUACCCCUCUGACCCUGCAUGAGAUUUCUUCCGAGUUGCUGCCCAUGGACCGUUGGAUCCUCAGCAGGCUGUCUGCGGCUGCUGAAGCCUGCAACUGGGCCUUGGAACAGUACGAGUUCCCGACGGCAACCACUGCCAUUCACCAGUUUUGGAUACAGGCCUUCUGUGAUGUCUACUUGGAAUCUGUCAAGGGCACCCUAGCCUCUGCUGACCAGCAGUCUGUUCGAGCAGCUCAGAACACCCUGUACCACUGUGUACAUGCCGGCCUGCGUCUCCUCAGUCCGUUCAUGCCAUAUCUGACUGAGGAGCUGUAUCAGAGGCUACCAAAGGUCAAAGGUGACGACUGUCCCAGCGUGUGUGUGGCCAAGUAUCCAAUCAGCAAUCACUUUCCCACCAGAGACACAAAGCUGGAGCAAGAAGUGGAGUUGGUCAUGGACACCGUUCGCACGAUGCGCUCUGUCCAGAAGGAGUUUGGCAUCAAGAUGCCUGAGGCGUCAGCUCAAAUAGUUUCAGAUGACAUGUCGAUUCAAAAGACGCUGGAGAGGUUUUCUGAUACCAUGGCAACCCUGUCUCGCUGUUCCUGUGUUACUGUUACAUCAGUCGCACCACCUCCCUCGGGAUGGGUGUACGGCCUUGUAAAUGACUCAAGCACUGUUUAUGUCAGUGUAAAGGACUCGAUAGACUCAGAAGACUUAAUUAAAAAACUGACCGCUCGACGCAAGAAGCUGCUCACGCAACUGGAUAACCACGUGAGUUCCACAAAGAGUGACAUCGAGAAAAUACCACUCAGAGUCCAGGAGGCUAACAGACAAAAGACACUUCGUCUGCAGUCACAGUUGGAGAAGCUGGAGAGCACGCUCAAGCAGUUGGAAGAUGCCAGUUGACCUUGAGACAUUUAGUCAUUCCGAAUCUUUUGCAUAAGAAUUUAUUUACACCUUUUUUUAACUGGCAAGAACACAUUACAUGUACUGUCCUGUGACACAUCGUGUCUGACACAUUCAUGUGUUCCAAUUUCCAAAUGUUUCUUCAAUAGUUUUAUCAUUUCUGCACAUCAGAAGAAAGUUUAUUUUUUGAAUUUAUGGAAGGUUUAGUAGCCGUUCAUUGUUUUUUUUUGUACACCUAAUCUGAGGAAUACUGGAAUUUGAUACUGUGAAUUCACACCACUUGAAUACUUUUUUAACAGGAGCAUCAAAUUUAUUGGCACUUAGUGUGUGGAUAGAUUUUGAUUCCAGUGAAUUUUUACCAAGAGCUGCUUGUGCUGUGCCGAAAAUGUUGAUUGGUAAAUUUAUGUGCUAACCAGCAUCAGCUAAAUACCAGUUAUGGGCACUGCACUUUAACAUGGCUUUUAGCUGGUAAUGUGACUCAGCUAAGCAGGAGUUUCUGUGCUGUGCAAAGUUUAUAUGCUAUUUCCAAAUUGCCUCUCACUGCUUCGUUCAGAAGGAUAUUUGGACAGCGCUGAAAAAUGUAUCUGCAAUUAUGCUACAGUAUGUUUGGGAAAGGGUUUGUUUAGUCUACUGUUGCAUGUAUUAUUUUGAGCCACAACUGACACAAAUGGUUCUCAACUCAUAAAUUUUCUUCCCCAAAAUAAACCAAGUUUCAAAAUAUUCAAAGAAGUAAACUUAGAGUGUUGGAGUCGAUUCUGUCACAAGUCCCUGUCCCAAGUUGUUCAAAUGAUGUGUGAUAAAAGCAUUCCUUUGCCCUUUUUCACCAUGUUACCUACGACUGGCCUUGUGAAAAAACUCGCGGUAGACUGGGCUGUAACACUAAUUGCCAGUUUGAGGGACAUUUUAAGUGGAUUUUUUUUUUCAAUGAGUUGGCCGGUUGGUAGGUAAUAGACCUACUUGAAGAUAAAAGAGCGAAUCAGUGUGAAUAAAAAUUA